AUGGUAGAUUUGAUGAAUUUGAUGAAUUUUUUAGGUUGGGCAUUUUUUCCUCAAUUAGCGACGAAUUUGGUUCAAAAAACAUAUUAUAAAAUAUUUGGAGUUAAACCUCAACAACCAAAAUAUGAAAUACAUCGAAGAAGAAUAUAUAUUUUUAUUAUAUUAAUUUAUUUAUUAUACACUGUCGCUGACGUUAUUACUUCUAGACCGCCGAAUUAUUAUAAUGUUCUUAAAGUCGAUCGAGAUUUCACUCCAAAAGAAAUAAAGACCAAUCUUAGAAAACUUCAACUAGCUUUUCAUCCCGAUAAAAAUAAGGGACAAGAAGGACAAGAAGGAGCACAAUUUAUAGAAAUACGUGUAGCCUAUGAUACAUUAACGGAUCCAGUAAAACGUUUUGCAUAUGAUAGAUUUGGACCACAAAUUAAAGAAUGGAAUGAUUGUUCAACUAUUCGCGAUUAUAUUGCACAGAGUUGGGUCACUUUUGUAGGAUUUUAUACUGGGACAGGGAUUCUUCUUUUAGUUCUUUACAUAUUAGGAAAAGGAAAAUUUGGACGUUUUUGGAGAUUUUUAAUAUUUUUUAGUAUGGCUUGCACUGAAGCUUCAAUGAUUUUAAAUCCUGAACAACCAGGAAUUAUUUCAUAUAUUUUUUCUCGUUGGAUUAUUUUUGAACAAAUUAGUAUUCUUCGACAAUCUUUCGUUGUCACAUUCAUAGCAAUAUCACAAGUGGGACCAAUUUUGUUUCCUGAUGAAACAAAUAUUCGUCCUGCUCUUCAAAAUCUCGAAGUCCUUAGUAGUUAUGCAGCAGAAGAAACUAAAAAUCAACUCAAAUUGAGUUUCCGACCAUUUCAAGGAGAUCCUAAUGCACAAGAAUUAGUGAAAAUGAAAAUGAAAGAAUUGUAUAUUGAUAAUUUUUUGCAACAUAAUAAUCCAGAAUUUUAUAAAAUCAACAAUGAAAAGUAUAAUCGAAUAAUUCCAGAUCAAAAGAAAGACAAGUAA